AUGUCGAAAAAAGGACGUAACAAGGGCGAGAAGCCCGAAGCCCUAAUACUUGCUCUUCAAGCUGCAAAUGAAGAUCUCAGGACUAAAUUAACAGAUAUACAAAUAGAGCUACACCAGGAGAAAUCCAAGGUGUCUCGGCUUGAAAGGGAGAAAAAUCAAGAGAGUAAAAGGAUAAAGGAGCAGGAACAACACAAACACACUGCAACUGUUUCUGAAUUGAAAGCUAAGCUGCAUGAAGAGAAGAUGAAGGAGCUCCAGGCAGUAAGGGAGAACUUAAUCAAACAGCAUGAGCAGGAGAUGUCUCGGAUGGUUAAAUUAAAAGAGGCAGAGAUCCUGCGACUAAAGUCUGCUGUUAAUGCGCUUCGUGAUGGCAGCAGUGACAAAGUAAGGACAGCUCUGAGCACAGAGGCACGGGAAGAGGCCAGAAAAGUGUUUGACUCUGAGCGCCUCAAGCUCUUACAGGAGAUCACGGAGCUGAAAUCUGCUAAGAAACAAAUGGAUGAGGCUCUCAAUAAUAUGAUCCAGGCUGACAAAAUCAAAGCUGGGGAUUUGAGAAGUGAACAUCAUUCCCACCAGGAGGCUAUUGCAAAGAUUAAAUGGGAAAGCGAAAGGGACAUUCGAAGACUGAUGGAUGAGAUUAAAGCAAAAGAUAGGAUCAUCUUCUCUCUUGAAAAAGAGCUUGAGACACAAACCAGCUCCCUGCAAAGGCUUCAGUUACAGAAGGAUGCCUUGGAUGAACAAUUAUUUUUAGUUAAAGAAGCUGAGUGCAACAUGGGAAGUCCCAAGCGUGAAAUCCCAGGAAGGGCAGGGGAUGGAUCCGAGCACUGUGGAAGUCCGCUAAAACUUUUUGCUUUUCAGGAUUUACGCAGAAAUCAGAAAAGAAUGGCGGAAUUAAAUGCAACAAUCCGAAAACUGGAGGACAGAAAUACAUUACUUGUGGAUGAGAGAAAUGAACUGCUGCGAAGAGUCAGGGAAGCAGAAAAACAAUGCAAACCUCUGCUGGAAAAGAAUAAGUGCCUCACUAAAAGAAAUGAUGAACUGAUGCAAUCUUUACAACGUAUGGAGGAGAAGCUGAAAGUCCUUUCAAAGGAAAAUGCAGAAAUGAAGAGAAAAAUCACAUCUCAUCCUCCACUGAAGAAGUUAAGAUCCUUAAAUGACCUUGACCAAGCAGGAGAGGAACAAGAAAUCGAGUUCUUGAAGUUACAAGUUGUAGAACAACAGAACAUUAUCGAUGAUUUAACAAGGGUAGGAUUUAACACCGUUGUAUGA